UAUUCCAUUCCAUUCCUAUACUCCACACAUCACACAACAAAUAAAUUCUCGAGAAUAUCCCCCCAUAGAGCAGGAUUUUAUUUUCGGUACCUGAAGUUUCUACACGAAAUUUGCGGCAAAUGGCAGAACAGUCGGAUCAGCUGAUGUUCAUCAGUGAACUGGAAAAUAUUGAAUGCGGCGAGUUCGAAUCGGUAUACACGAUCCAUGGAAAACCCAUUCUGCCUCCCAUGAUGACGGACUGGAAGCGCCUGGAAAUGAUGCGUCUGCGUUUGUGCGCCUUGACCCAGGAGGUUGUCCGCGAGAGAAACAAGUUGACCAACGUCGAAAAGGUGGAGGUCUCUACCAAUACCGACCCGGGGGCCCAGGGACCUAGACCCUUUGUCGUGAUGGGUCGAAUGCGUCAGAAACUAAAUCAAUCGGAGACCAUGAUCUAUGAUCACACCGCCAACAUGGUCAUGCAGGUCUCUGCCCCCUUCAAUGAGCCAAUUCUAAUGAAUUCUGAACUGAUGAUGGAGGAAGCUCCUCCAGCCCGGCCUCAGAGGGCCCAUAUUGUGUUCGCACCUGAGAAAUGGGGUACCUUGGAGAGUGGAUAUGUAGCCAAGUUGGACCCAAAGAAGACCGGCAACUUCCAGCCGAAGGAGAAGGCCAUACAACAACCUCUGCGAUCCGCCACUAGUCCGGAUCUUGCAAAGCUGCAACUCCAGCUCUUGCAAAGAAACCCACCAGAGCAGGCUUUGGCUAUUAAAAGUGAACCACGGAUUGGACACAGGCCUGCAGGGCAACAUCCCAACAAAGCUAAGAACCCUAGUCGAAUUCCCAAGCCAAUUGCCCAGAUAGUGGGAAGUAUUUCCAAGGAGACCAAACCGCAGAGUGCCCUCCAAGCGCGAAGCAACUAUGAUGCCAAGGUGGCUUCCAGACGCAACAAUCAGGUUAAGAAUCAGGUUUCGCCUGUCAAGCCGAAGUCUUCGAGAAUCCAAUCCAAGACCACCAACUUGAAUCUGCCAAAGAGCAUUCGGACUCCAGUACCGAUCCAUCAGAGGCCCGGCUAUGUGGAUAAAGAACUCAAGCUACAGAAGGACCUCUUGAAGUCCCUGGUCCUUCGGCAGGCGGAGGAGAAUCAGCGUCUGCAGGCCAGGAUGCAACAGCAGCAGCAGGGCCUCAUCGCCACCAUGAUCAACGAUCUCAACCACGUCGUCGAGAUCUCAAAUGACUUCCAUUCCUUGGGCAGGGCUUUGGAGCUGACCUCCUCCAGCACCUCGAGCGAUCCCAGCCAGAACUGAUCCCAAAUUGAGCACCUCCGGUGGCAGCAAUCUGCAGCACAAUGUCAAAAUUCAAGCGUUCAUUCGAGCACUAACUGAGCAAGCUCAGAGGAACAGGAGCACACGGGAAAACAUGUUACUCAAUCUUCCGCCAAGAAUUUUCAAUUCGUUGCGCCCUUCAGUUGGAAAUUGAAAAUUCUUGAUUGAAGGAUUUCUGAUUGAAAAUAUGGGAUUUUCAGAUCGCGGAAGAAGUUAAUGUAGUUAUUCGUUGCGAUCGAUGUCGGCAUGAGAGAAGGCUUCAAGCAUUUCUUCUGGACUGGCGAUUCUCAGGCGAAUUGUCCGUCCCUGCUCUUAAUACUUUAAUAAGAGUUUUGUAACAAAUCGAAA